CCACAGAGGUCUCUGCGGCGCAACCCAAUUUUUGGCCACAUCUUAUGUGAUUUUUUUUUUAGUGUGACUUCUAUUUUGAAAAGCGGUAGGCUGCGCAGGCGGUGAGAACCGAAGCGUGCGUUCUCGCUACCCUAUCAUCCCACCCACAAGCGAAGCGACGGAAAAACUACGAGCUUCUCUCGAAUAUUAUCACUGACAACCAUGUCAGGAGACGACGACCAUCAAGAGCAGACCAUUGCUGAUGACUUGGUGGUCACCAAGUACAAGAUGGGGGCCGACAUAGCAAAUCAGGCUUUGAAGACUGUCGUUGAAGCAGCAAAACCUGGCGUGUCUGUCCUCAGUCUGUGUGAGAAAGGAGAUGCAUUCAUCACGGCUGAAACAGGCAAGGUGUUCAAGAAGGAGAAGGAGAUAAAGAAAGGGAUUGCCUUUCCCACUUGUGUUUCUGUGAACAACUGUGUCUGCCACUUCUCUCCAUUGAAGAGUGAUCCUGACUACUCGCUUAAAGAUGGCGACUUGGUUAAAAUUGACCUUGGAGUUCAUGUGGAUGGCUUCAUCUCCAACAUUGCUCACAGCUUUGUGGUUGGUGCAAGCAAGGAAGCUCCUGUGACAGGACGGAAAGCAGAUGUGAUCAAAGCUGCCCACUUGUGUGCAGAAGCUGCUCUUCGGCUGGUUAAGCCUGGGAAUCAGAACACUCAGGUCACAGAGGCCUGGAACAAGAUUGCCCAGUCAUUCAAAUGCACAGCCAUAGAGGGCAUGCUGUCUCAUCAGUUAAAGCAGCAUGUCAUUGAUGGAGAGAAGACCAUCAUUCAGAACCCCACAGACCAGCAGAGGAAGGACCAAGAGAAGGCAGAAUUUGAAGUGCAUGAAGUGUACGCUGUGGACGUGCUCAUAAGCACUGGAGAGGGGAAGGCUAGAGACUCUGAGCAGAGGACAACUGUUUACAAGCGAGACCCCAGUAAGCAGUAUGGCCUGAAGAUGAAAACAUCAAGGAUGUUCUUUAGUGAGGUGGAACGACGAUUCGAUGCUAUGCCUUUUACUCUAAGGGCAUUUGAGGAUGAGGGUAAAGCUCGGUUAGGUGUAGUUGAGUGCGCCAAGCAUGAGCUGCUUCAGCCCUUCAAUGUCCUGCAUGAAAAGGAAGGUGAAAAUGUUGCACAGUUUAAAUUUACGGUGAUGCUCAUGGCGAAUGGCCCUCUGCGUAUCACCAGUGGACAUUUUGAGCCAGACCUUUACAAGUCUGAGCAUGAAGUACAAGACCCAGAGCUUAAGGCCUUGUUGCAAAGCUCAGCCAGCCGCAAGGCACAGAAGAAGAAGAAAAAGAAGGCAUCAAAAAAUGCAGAGACCGCUACAGGAUAACCAAUGGAGGCUGAGAGUGAAGCUGCUGCAUAGACUCUCACUGCCAACCAAGCUGACUGACAAAGCCUCUGCACAGCCCAAAGAACAGAACUGUUAAAUCUUAUUAUGACCUGCCCCACUGAGAGGCCAUACGGCUAAGGCUUCUGUCUUUUUGAAUACCUCCUCAUUAGUUAUAUAAGACUGCUAAAGGGUUUGAACAGUUACCCAAGUUCCCAAACUCUUGUUUUGUUGACUUUGAGUUAUGCUGCUCGUAGGAAAGGGAGGGUACAGAUCAGCAGAUAGAUACUGACACACUGUGUUUACAGAGGGUGACUGCCAGGGUUCUCUUGACCCUCUCAAGAGUUUCACUGUCAUUGUACAAGCCAUCAUGAAAAUGUAGUGUAUUGAUGGCACUGUUUAAGCAUUAUUGCUACAAAUUGCAAUUCAUGUCAAUGCAGAAGAAAUACAAGUUUGAGUUUUUGCCCAUUGGGAAAUUAUUCUAGUUUGUUUUGAUGACCCGUAAUGGGUCUUUGGAGUGGUAACUGCCUCACUACAACUCAAAUAUAACAAAAUAUCUACAACAGAAGUACUUUUAAUCAAUUAGAUAAGAUUUGAUUUGUGUCACGUUACAUUCACCAUUGAUAUUGUUGUAUUUCUCAAAUUACAAAAGCUUUUCCAUAUUUUCCAUCUUCUUGGUCUGACUCC